AUGAGCCCUUCUGAACGUGAUGCAUAUUUGGAACGACGUCGUGCAAUAGCUCAAGGAAAACGACCAAGGGUGGAAAAUGACCCAACUGAAACAGCUGCACACGGUUCUGAAGAAUCAAACGAUCGAGGUACAAGUUCAAGAAUUACAUCAGACUCCAACAACCCAACACAUGUCCAUCCACGAGUUCGAUUAACUCACAUAAGACAGCAAGCCCAUUUGAAUAGGUCACUUACAAAUGAUGGAGCUGUCCCGUAUGCUGCUCGCAAUGAUUUACCUAAUGCUACCAUGAAUAAUCAUGAUGAGAACGUGAACAAUGUGGCAACCAAUAAUGAUGAUGGACAUACCAACUACACUGAAGCCGUGAAUAUCGAUGGAGAUCAAGGUAGUGACAGUGAGCAUGCAAAUGGUCAUGAGGCGCAACACAAUAACGUUCAUCGAGUACCAAGAAUGAGACGAGAGUGCAUUCGCUACAAUGCAGCUAGAGAUUUCCAUGAAGAAAGGGUCCAAGAUUUUCAAUUGCCCUCACCAAUAACAUGCCCAUACUGUACAUCAUUGUUAUUCCAUCAAGAGACCUUCAGUUUGUGUUGCAUGAAGGGAAAUAUUGAAUUAGCCCUAAUACAGUCUCCUGAAAUGGUCUGGCUAUUUUCAGACCAAACUGAUGAGAGUAAAAAAUUCAGACAAAAUAUUAGAGCCUACAACAACGUGUUUGCAUUCACUUCAAUGGGUGUACAUCUUGAUGAAACAAUUAAUGUCCAAGGUCGUGGACCUUAUACCUUUCGUGCUCAAGGUUCUAUAUAUCAUAAAAUCGGUGGUCUGGUACCGGCGGGCGGGAGAAGGCCACGGUAUCUACAAGCUUAUAUAUAUGACACCGAGCAUGAGCUUCAGAAUCGAUUGUCUGAAAGUGAAGUUUUAGAGAGGGGUAUAGUGGAAAAAAUUCAACAAAUACUUAAUGAACACAAUCCCUUUGUUCAAACAUUUCGAAGUCUGGGACAACGUCAAGAUUUGCCUCCUUGCAAGCUCAUCAUAAGAGAACAACCUUCUGAUCGUCGCCAAUACAAUUUACCAACUGCAUCACAAGUUGCGGCUGUUAUUGUAGGAGGUGAUGACAUCAGUCCAAAUGGAAGAGAUUUCAUUGUACAAACAAUAAGCGGACGACUUCAGACCGUUAAAGACUCGGUUGGAUAUUAUGAUCCAAUGCAGUAUCCAUUAUUAUUGCCUUAUGGAACAUAUGGAUGGGACAUCAAUAGUCAUGGAAAUAACGGAAAGGAAAUGACAUGUUGCGACUACUACGCAUAUAUGUUACAGAUGCAUGAAGGUCAUGAAAAUCCUCUACAUCGAGGAGGGCGUCUCUUACAACAGUAUGUUGUAGAUAAUUAUGUAAAAAUUGAAUCACAAAAGCUCAGAUGGCUUCGUAAUAAUCAAGACAAAUUUCGGACAGAUGUUCGUCAGGGGCUUGAAGACUCUCUACAUUCAGGAGAAAACAAUGCAGGUAACGUUGGUCGUAGAACAAUUUUACCAUCAUCAUUUAUUGGAAGCCCACGUGACAUGUACCAGCGAUAUCAAGAUGCAAUGGCUUUGGUUCAAAAAUAUGGGAGGCCAGAUCUUUUUAUCACUAUGACAUGUAACCCAAAUUGGGAAGAAGUUAAAAGUCAACUGCUCCAAGGACAAGUGCCACAAGAUCGCCCUGAUCUGGUCACCAGGGUAUUUCACGCAAAAUUGGAGCAAUUGAAAGAAGAUGUAAUAAAAAAAGGGGUGCUUGGAAAAGUAGCCGCACAUGCUUUCGUUGUGGAAUUUCAAAAACGAGGCUUACCGCAUGUUCACAUGCUGAUUAUGUUAGAACCAAAUGACAAGCUUAACAACCCUGAUGAAUAUGAUCGCAUUGUUCAAGCUGAAAUACCAGAUCAGAAUGAAGAGCCUCGACUAUAUGAUGCAGUGUGUACACAUAUGAUUCAUGGCCCAUGUGGACCUCUCAAUCCACGACAAUCAUGUAUGAAAAAAGGCACUUGCAAUAAGGGUUACCCAAAAUCAUUUGCGAAUUUCACAGUGCAAGGCGAAGAUGCAUAUCCUGUGUAUCAAAGACGACCAAACAGGCAACCAGUAUAUUUGCGUGGUCGAGGAAAUAUGACUGUGGAUAACCGCUGGGUGGUUCCCUACAACCCAUGGUUGUUAUUACGGUAUAAUUGUCACAUCAAUGUCGAAGUAUGCGGUAGUAUAAAGAGUGUUAAGUACUUAUAUAAGUAUAUCUACAAAGGUCCUGACAGAGUGUCACUUGAGGUGCAGUCCAACCCAGAGUUCGAUGAAAUUAGCCAAUUUGUUGAUGCAAGGUGGGUAUGCGCACCUGAAGCUCUAUGGAAAAUAUUCAAAUUUGCAUUGAACAAAGUAUAUCCAACAGUUGAGCGAUUACAAAUACAUCUUCCCAAUAUGCAACAAAUAACAUUCAAUGCAGAACGAACUGUUGAGGAUAUUCUAGACGAUGACCGUCCAAAAAUGUCAAUGCUUACCGAGUUCUUCACAUUAAAUCAAAGUGAUGAGAAUGCAAUGGCAUAUUUGUAUCGAGAAAUUCCAGAACAUUACAGGUGGGAUAAAGAUACAAAAAAAUGGGUUAAAAGAAUACGAAAUUGGAAGGUUAUAGGGCGAAUAUACAGCGUGUCCCCCUCUGAAGGUGAGAAAUUUUACUUACGUGUUCUUUUGAAUCAUGUAAGAGGUCCAAAAUCAUUUUUGGACUUGCUUACUGUUAAUGGGGCUUUACAACCAACAUUCAAGCAGGCAGCGGAGAACUGA